UUGCGCGGCAGGGCCAGUCGCUCCGGAUUGCCGCCGAGAGAGAGAGAGGGACAGAGAAAGAAGGGCAGGGAAGGAAGAGGGAAGAGAGAGGGAGGAGGGGAGAGCAGAGGGAGGAGGGGGAGGGAGAGGGAGAGCGCCAAGAAGCGGCGAGGCGCCCUCUCCGCUUUCGCCCCGUUGAAUGAAUGAACAAGGCACCGCCUAACAAAUUGGGGAAGGAGGAGGCGGGCGUCCGGCGCCUUUGGUCCCAGUCUCGGCAACCUGUCCCUCCGCUGAGUCCCGACGCUGUCCGCCUUGAAUUCCUCCGAAAACGCCUCUCGCUCGGCUGAAGCCAUGCCCUGCGUCCAGGCUCAGUUGGGGUCCUCGCCGCAGGGAGCCAGCCCGGCCACGCAGAGCUACGCCUACCAUCACCACCCGCACCCGCACCACCCCUCGGGCCCCGCGGGGUACGCCUACAGCUCGGGGGACUUCCUCACGCCCGAGUUCGUCAAGUUCAGCAUGGACCUCACCAACACCGAGAUCAGCGCCACCACCUCCCUGCCCAGCUUCAGCACCUUCAUGGACAACUACGGCGCCGCCGCCGCCGCCGCCGGUUACGACAUCAAGCCGCCUUGCCUCUACCAAAUGCCCACCCAGCCGCCGCCUCCGCCGCCCCCUCCCCCGCCCCCUCCCACGCCCUCCAUCAAGGUCGAGGAGCUGCCCCUGCACGGCCACGGAUACCCCCCGCCGCCUCCGCCGCCGCCUCCGCAGCAGCCCCCCGCCGGGCAGCCCGACGAGCUGGCCGUCUACUACAAGCCCUGCUCCUCGCCGGGGCCGGGCGUCUGGGACGAGGCGGGUCCGCUGCACGGCUUCCACCACCAUCACCACCACCACCACCACCAAGGCUACGGCGCGGGCGGCGUGCACAAAGCGGCCCCGCGCCUCUCGCUCUUCUCCUUCAAGCAGUCUCCGCCCGGGACACCGGUGGGCAGCUGCCAGAUGCGCUUCGAGGGGCUGCCUCUCAGCAACGGAGAGCCCUCGGUCCACGGCGGGGGCGGCCCUCACCACCACCACCAUCACCACCACCACCCCCACCCCCACGACGGGCCUUCCCCCGCCUUCGCCCUGCCCAGCCCCAUCCGCAAGCAGGCCGCCGCCGCCGUGGGCUUCCCGGGGCUCCAGCUGGGCCACCCCUCGCAGCUCCUGGACGCCCAGGUGCCCUCGCCGCCCUCCCGGGGCUCGCCCUCCAACGAGGGGCUCUGCGCCGUCUGCGGGGACAACGCCGCCUGCCAGCACUACGGCGUCCGCACCUGCGAGGGCUGCAAGGGCUUCUUCAAGCGCACCGUCCAGAAAAACGCCAAGUACGUUUGCCUCGCCAACAAAAACUGCCCCGUGGAUAAACGCCGUCGGAAUCGGUGCCAAUACUGUCGCUUUCAGAAGUGCCUGGCCGUCGGCAUGGUCAAAGAAGGUAGAGCCAGCCAGUGGGUGGUGGUCCGCACGGACAGUUUAAAAGGCCGGAGGGGCCGCCUGCCCUCGAAGCCGAAGAGCCCCCAGGAGCCCUCCCCGCCGUCGCCCCCGGUGAGUCUGAUCAGUGCCCUGGUGAGAGCUCAUGUCGACUCCAACCCGGCCAUGACCAGCCUGGACUACUCCAGGUUCCAGGCCAACCCGGACUUCCAGCUCAGCGGCGACGACACGCAGCACAUCCAGCAGUUCUAUGACCUCCUCACGGGCUCCAUGGAGAUCAUCCGGGGCUGGGCCGAGAAGAUCCCCGGCUUCACCGACCUCCCCAAACCGGACCAGGACCUGCUCUUUGAAUCCGCCUUCCUGGAGCUCUUCGUCCUGCGGCUGGCCUACAGGUCCAACCCGGUGGAAGGCAAGCUGAUCUUCUGCAACGGAGUGGUCCUCCACCGGCUCCAAUGCGUCCGCGGCUUCGGCGAAUGGAUCGACUCCAUCGUGGAGUUUUCCUCCAACCUCCAGAACAUGAACGUGGACAUCUCCGCCUUCUCCUGCAUCGCCGCCUUGGCCAUGGUGACAGAGAGGCACGGCCUGAAGGACCCCAAGCGGGUGGAGGAGCUCCAGAGCAAGCUGGUCAAUUGCCUCAAGGACCAUGUCACCUUCAACAACGGCGGCUUGAACCGGCCUAAUUACUUGUCCAAACUCCUGGGCAAACUCCCGGAACUGCGCACCCUCUGCACGCAAGGCCUCCAGCGCAUUUUCUACCUGAAGCUGGAAGACUUGGUGCCUCCGCCAGCAAUAAUCGACAAGCUUUUCCUGGACACUUUGCCUUUUUAGAAAGAGAGGAAGGGAGCAAAGAGAGACAGAGACUGGGCGGCUGUGCUUCCCAACCAAUGAAGGACUUUCAAAGCCUCCAAAGAGAAGGCAAAGAAGUAGAGCCCGAGGCCAGCAAAGGAAAAAGAAAGCGCCUUCGGGUGCGCCUUCCUCCACACUGUGGCACAAACUGGGCACUGGGGGAAAGCUCUCUGGAUUCCUUGGACUCCACACACAGAACCUAUGGUACCUAAGUUUUUUUAUUAUCACCUAAACAAACCAACAAAAAUAACCCUUUCACUUGCCCUUUCUCCCCCCAAGCAAAAACUUAAGAGCUGUUUUACACCUUGAUGCUGAUGAACAAGAACUUUUGGAGUGAGUGAGCUCUGCAAGAGUUUUGUAAGGCGAACCCCCCUCCCUCCCCAAUCACUCCCUCCCUCCCUCACCCCUCGUUUAUUGAGAUUUUAAAGCGUUUUCUGCUGUAAAAGAAAGUUGUAAUAUAAAGACUACAGAGUUAAGGAGGGAGGGGGGGAGGGGCGGCAUGGAUCCACAGAAGGCGAAAGGAUUGUACAUUUCUCAGACGCGGUUGGGUUUCUUUCUAUAAGCGAACACUCACAAACUCUUCUGUGCCUAUUUAUAAAUAAGCUAUUUAAACCGGUUCUUUUUUUUUUUUAAGAGAGAGAUGGUGAGAGAGGCCCCUUCCACACAGCUGAAUAAAAUCCAACAUUUUCUGCUUUGAAGUGGAAUAUAUGGCAGUGUGGAUUCAGAUAACCCAAAGCAGAUAUUGUGGGAUUUUCUGCCUUGAUAUUCUGGGAUUAUAGGGCUGUGUGGAAGGGCCCAAAGAGAGGAAAGAACAAUCAGGUCUGAAAAAGAGCCACGCAAAGUUGAAACCGAGGACCAUGUGAUUUGUAUAGGCACUUGCUAUUUCAGUAAUGUCUAUAUUCUAUAAAUAGUUAUUUCAGACACUAUGUAGUCUGCUAGAUUUUAUAAAGAUUGGUAGUUCUCUAAGAAGCCUCGAGCUUUUUUUUCUUCCUCCGUUGUAAAAUAGGUGGGCACAAGUGUUGACACACGAAUCCGAACCCCAGUCCGCCCCCACCCCAAAUCCUACAUAUUUCUCCCCCUCUCAAAAAACCUUUCGCAAAAAGGGACCCACAGCUCCCGUGUUUGUAAACACCGUCCGGCAUUCCUCGUUUGUAAGUGUCGUAUGUAUUGUUGAUGCUGAAUUAAAGGAAAACCAGUUUAUAUCUUGAUUAUUUUGUUGUCUGAAGCGAAACCAAGUCUUGCAUGCACAAGCUUUUCGACUGUUUCCAGAGUGUUUCUCUCCUAUAUAGAACUCCCUGGAAAUUAUUGAGCACUUUGAAUUUUUUUUUUUAAAUUUGGGUAUUUUUUUGUACUUUAUUUUUUUGGGAAGGGGGGAGAUGUCUAAAAUUGUUGGUUAAUAUAUCAUUUUACGUUUCAGUAACUUUUUUUAAAAAAAAGAAAAAUUAAAUGCCAUAUUCUGUAGUAUAUAUAUCUAUAUUUUUCUUUGUAUAUUUCCAGUAUGGCAUAUUCUGAAGUCUCACUGCCCCCUUUUCCUCCCCUUUCCUCUAUGGUGUAUAUUGAGAGUGGAGACGCCGAACAUUUUCUCUCUGAAUUCUCUUUCUUUGAGGGAGACACUUUUAAUGUUUACAGCAAAAUAAAUCCAUGUAAACGAA